AUGCAAUCCAAUCAUCAACAAAGCAAUAACCAGCACCCGCCAUCGGGCUGGAUCAACGAACGGAUUCGACGCAGAGGCUCUCAUAUUCCUGCCAGACAAGCUGGACCCCGUCGCUCGAUCCCCGCGAUGGCAUAUGACAGUGAUCUUGGGAGGAGAUCAAGCCUCGAGGAAUUUGACACAGGAAAUUUCCUAGAUCCCCGAAGGUUUAGCGGGACGUACGAUCACACUGGCUCCGGUUGGCACACCACCUUCAGGGCUACCAGGCCAGAAGAGUCGGAUAUCUUGGACAGUUCCAUCAAUGAACGGCCGACUAGGGAUUUCCCCAGCCACGUCCUUGAUAUCGAGCCCCUGAGAACCAGCGCCAUUCCUGAUCCAGAAGAGAUCGCUCGGUUCGAGUCGUCUAUAUUUGACCCGAAUCGCUCCUCUCCUUGGUCAACCGAGUUCAGCGACGUCCGCGAAUCCUCUAGGCCACAUACGCCAGAUAUGCCUAUUGAUGAUGUGACAUACCGGCUAGAAUACUCGCCAGAAAGGACUCCGACGCCUGAUGCGUCUGGCGUAUUUUACCCGUCAGGCCACCUCAGCGGACGUUGGCAUCGGCACAAUCGGUUCUGCCAACCUCUCCUGCCGAACCACCCUACUAUAUCCAGCGGCACGACCAUGCUUCCCUCGGAAAGAGAUAGGCCCGCUGGUGAAGCAUUAGACCGGCUAAACAGAGCCUAUCCGUCUAUUGAAGGAACCUCUGCCCACCCUAGAAUAUCUAGCCCGUCUAGUGUUAAUAGCUCUGGGUCCGUAUAUCCCGGGCUUAGCAUUCCCGUCAUGACUCCCACAUCCAACGCGUCUGACAUUGCUACCGACGCUAGCGCCUUGCGGGUUAAUGCGGUGCCCGAACAGACCGGGAAUCGGAUCGAUGAGUGGAGCAUGGGCAACGGAAGCUCUGGUACCAAUGGUGAAGGUGGUGCUGGACUGAAUGGCAGUGGUGGUCCCGCGCCUAUCCCUAUCACCAUCUCGAUGUGUAUCGAGUUUGAUGAUACCGUGUUUGAUAUACAGGGUUGUAACGUUACGACGAGGCCGCGAAGUAGGCGGGUCUGA